ACUUCAGUUCCAGCUCAGCCGUCUCUGAGCGAAGCCAGUGAGCAUCACGACUGACCGGCUGCAUCAUGACUGCAAUGGAGGAGCAGGCGGAGAUGGCUGGAUGACUGACAAGCGUUGGCCGCCUCCUGAAGAAUAACGCUGGUACUGACUGAUAGCGAGGGAGCUGACUCAGUGGUUUAUACAGCAGAGCUGUGACUGACCCCCUCAACGCGUCUCCUUUUGGGUGCUGUAAUAAGAACGCCAUGCCGCCCCCAGCUGACAUCGUGAAAGUGGCUAUUGAAUGGCCCGGUGCUAAUGCUCAGCUUCUAGAGAUGGACCAGAAAAGACCGUUGUCCUCAAUAAUACGGGAAGUAUGUGAUGGCUGGUCUUUAUCAGGCUCCGAGCAGUUUGCUCUGCGUUACGCUGAUGGCCCUCAGCUUUACAUCACUGAGCUGAGCCGGGGGGAAAUCAAGAAUGGGACCAUCCUCCGAUUAGCCAUUUCACCUACUCGCGCUGCUCGUCAGCUCUUGGAGAGGAUCCAAUCCCAUGGCAUCGACGCUCGGCUGGAGGCUUUGAAGGAGCUCGCCAAGCUGUCCGCAGACCCAACCUUUGCCGCAGAGUUCAUCAAUAUGGAGGGCAUUGGGACGCUGGCACGUCUUGUUGAGAGUGGCACUCACUUUGGUGAAAUGCUGGCCUUCACUCUCACUGCCUUCCUGGAGCUAAUGGAUCAUGGCAUUGUGUCCUGGGACCUUAUCUCCCUCUCCUUCAUCAAACAGAUUGCAGGCUAUGUGAACCAGCCGAUGGUGGACGUGUCCAUCCUGCAGCGCUCUCUAGCCAUCCUUGAAAGCAUGGUCCUCAACAGCCACAGCCUCUACCAUCGUGUGGCACAAGAGAUUACCGUUGGACAGCUCAUCGGGCACCUGCAAGUGUCAAACCAAGAAAUCCAAACGUACGCCAUCGCCCUCAUCAAUGCUCUUUUCCUGAAGGCACCAGAAGACAGACGGCAGGAGGAGUAUACUAACCCACUGGAGCAGCACCUCACUGAAAUGGCAAGCACUUUGGCUCAGAAACAUCUGCGAUCCAUCAUCCUCAAUCAUGUCAUCAGAGGAAAUCGACCAAUCAAAGCAGAAAUGGCACAUCAGCUGUAUGUGCUGCAAGUAUUGACCUUCAACCUUUUAGAGGAACGAAUGAUGACUAAAAUGGAUCCAAAUGACCAGGCUCAGAGAGACAUCAUAUUUGAGCUGCGAAGGAUUGCUUUCGAUGGAGAAAAUGACCACACUGGUACAGAAAAGAGAAAGGCCAUGUACACCAAGGACUAUAAGAUGCUGGGGUUCACUAACCAUGUGAAUCCAGCCAUGGACUUCACCCAAACUCCUCCGGGAAUGCUGGCUUUGGACAACAUGCUGUACCUCGCCAAGGUUCACCAGGACACGUAUAUCAGGAUUGUGCUAGAGAACAGCAGCCGCGAGGACAAGCAUGAAUGUCCCUUCGGCCGGUGUGCCAUCGAACUCACUCGAAUGUUGUGCGAGAUUCUCCAAGUUGGAGAAUUGCCUAAUGAGGGCUGCAACGACUACCAUCCCAUGUUCUUCACUCAUGACCGGGCAUGGGAGGAGUUCUUCUGUGUCUGCAUCCAGCUACUUAAUAAAACCUGGAAGGAGAUGAGAGCCACAGCUGAGGACUUCAAUAAGGUGAUGCAGGUGGUCCGUGAGCAGAUCACCAGGGCUCUGGCAAUGAAGCCGUCAUCUUUAGACCAGCUAAAGAAUAAACUGCGAGGCUUGAACUAUUCAGAGAUUCUCCGUCUGCGGCAGUCAGAGAGAAUGAGCCAGGACGACUUCCAGUCUCCUCCCAUCAUUGAGCUGCGGGAGAGAAUUCAACCAGAGAUUUUAGAGCUUAUCAAGCAGCAGCGUCUCAACCGGCUGUGUGAGGGGAGCUGUUUUCGCAAGCUGGGGAACCGCCGAAGGCAAGAGAAGUUUUGGUUCUGCAGACUCUCACUGAAUCACAAAGUGCUGCACUACGGAGACCUCGAUGAGUCACCUCAGGGUGAAGUGCCUUUUGAGCUACUCAGUGACAAGAUCCCCGUCUCUGACAUCAAGUCUGUGGUGACCGGGAAGGACUGCCCCCAUAUGAAAGAGAAAAGUGCUCUGAAACAAAACAAGGAGGUGCUGGAGUUAGCCUUCUCUGUCCUCUAUGAUCCCGACGAGACGCUCAAUUUUGUUGCACCAAACAAGUACGAGUACUGCAUCUGGACUGAUGGGCUGUGUGCGCUGCUGGGCAGAGAGAUGGGCAGUGACCUGACGCGCAGUGACCUAGAUACUCUCAUCAGCAUGGAGAUGAAGCUCCGCCUCCUCGACCUUGAGAACAUCACCAUCCCUGAAGCCCCGCCCCCCGUGCCGAAGGAACCUAGCUCUUAUAACUUCACCUACAACUACAGCUGAGAUGUGUGCGUGUGUACGUGUGUGUUUGCAGUGCAUGUGUGUGUGUUUGUAAAGGAUGAUUAUAUGUUGAUGAACUUAGCUGCAGUUGUUUGCACCUCGAAAGGUUAUUUAGAAUUUUUUUUUUUUUUCUUCAUUUCUGAGCCCUGGAGACUUCUUUGUCUGUGUUUGUAAAGUGUUUAUGUUCAGGGACCACUUCAGAGCAGUUACUCCUGUGAGUGAAUCUCAUUCAUCAGUGCAGUCUCCAGGCAACGCCAAUCCAUUCUUUGCUAUUUAAAGGUGUAAAGCUGACUAAAAAGUGUGCCUGAUGGGAAUACAGAUCUGCAGAUAAGUCUUUAUUUGAGUAAAUAUUUUUCAAAUUGGCUUAACUGCUCAAUCAAUUAGUACACCAUGGCAACAGAAGAUGACGUGAUUGUCAUUCCAGUGUUAUACCUGUCACGGUGCUGUUAGCGUGGACCCAAAAGCACGACUCAGACAGGAGUACAAGCUGGGUCAAAACCGGGAGAUCAGUCAAGGAAGCAAACAAGUCCAAAAAGGGGCAGGGCAGAGAAUCAGCGGUCAGGGCAGGCAGGCAGGGUCAGAACAGGCAGGUCAGGAAUAUAUACUAAUAACGCUGGAGAACUUGGCACUAAAACACAAGACAAUCUGGCAGAGGACAAGUGGAAGUGAGGGAGCUAAAUAGUGAGGGACUAAUGAGGGGAUGGGCUGCAGGUGAGAAGGGAAUGAGGGACUAAUGAGGGAGUGAUCAGAGGCAGGUGAGGGGAGUUGGAUUGACGAGAUGGUGUGACAGGAUGAAAACAACUCUAACAAAAAGGAAGGCGUGGAGAUAAACUGUUACAAUACCUUUUAUUCAAUUGAUCCCUCCAUAUGAAGAACCUUUGAUAUAACAGAUCACACACAGGAGAGUGAGUGGGCUGAGAGUUUAGACACUCGCACACUGCCAGUGACUCAGCCAGAGUCACUCCAGUGGGAGGGAUCGUUGAUGUCAGGAGGUACUGAACAUGAUGUUUCUGGUGAAAGGAUGGCCUCCCUAAUCAGAACACCAUACUUAUACCAUCGGGAAGAUAUUUGACAUCGCAAUUCAGUAUUGAAAAGAAAAGGUGCUAAUAUUGAGUUAAGAAAAGGAAAGAAAAAAUGUACUGAUGCAACAGAUAAGGUGCAAGAAUAAUAUUGUUUGUUACUUUUAUCAUGUUAAUCAUACUGGGACUCAAAAGCCCAAGGCUUCAACUAACAAGUAUGAAUUGAUCUAUGAAAUAAAAUGAGUGGAAAAUAAUUAUCACAAUUCCCGAGAAAUGAAUUUCUCAAGUUAACACAAUGGGCGAAUGUGACUCAGUGGUGAGUGGGGUCGCGCUUCAAUCAAAGGAUCGGCGGUUUGAUCCCCGGCUCUAGCCCAUGUCGAUGUGUCCUUGGGAAAGACACUUAACCCUUUCUGUGCCUACGAUGUAUGAAUGUGUGUGAAUGCUACUUACUGCUGAUAUGCAGGUAGAACCUAAACUCCUCCCAUUAAUGUAUGAAUGGGUGUGAAUGGGUGAAGGAUUUCAUGUAAUGUUAAACUGGUCAGAAGACUAGAAAAGUGCUAUUCAAUUACACGUCCAUUUAAUUUAUUUUUUUCAGACUAAUGUUCCAGAAAUCCCAACAAAAACACUUUGUAUUGUCAAAUAAUUAAAUCUGAGAAGGUGGAUCCAGUUCAUUUUUGCAUUUUUCUCAACAAUGAAAAAGAAGUGUAAACCAAUAAGUGCAGAUUAAUUGCCUGUCCAUCAACUAAUCUAUGAAUACACUAGUAGUUUUAUCUGUACUCUUCCUGACAGCAAAUAUAUUUCUUACAGCUUCUGUUUACUCAACAUUCAUGCGGCUUCAGGUCGUUUAAAUCAUUCUCUCCUCAGACUUACACAUCUUUUUAUAGCUGGUUAAAGAGUGAGUUAGAUAUAGGCAUCUCGUUGAAUUAAAACUGUUCAAGCAUGUUGUGUGAAGACACUAUUUGGAGUGUGUAUUUGUGUGUGCAGAUUUAAGGUGUGGUGUAAAUUGUUAAUGUUGAGAAAUGGAAGGUUUAAUCUCAAUAUAUUUCAUACAAACGCUGACAUCCAACGCUUUAAGAAAGAGUUACCCUUUUUCGUUGAGUUAUAGUCACUGUUUUGCCUUAUCAGUCAGUUAUCUUAUAUUUGGGGUCAAAGUAGCAUUUAUAAGCAGUACAUGAAUGGUUUAUAACACAUUAUAAUUGGUUUUAAUGACUGUUUUUGUUGUUAGCAUUCACUACUGAUUUGUUAAAUCAAUGUUUGAAAACAGUUUAAAACAGUUGUUGUUUUAAACUAAGUAUUAAUUGUUUAUAUACUGCUUAUAAAUGCUACAUUUUUGUGCUACCAUGUUACAUGUUUCACUGCACAGGGAAACGUGACAAAAGAGCCUGUUUUAGAAACACGACCCUCCCAUGAAUGGAAGCAGGUCAAAAGCAGCUGAGUGACAUGGCUGUCGGGAACAUGUACUGUUGCUCAUGUAUCGGUUGGGCAGACAGUAUUCUGUGCUUUGUAUGCAGUGAUAUACAUUAUAGUACUAUUACUUUAUGUUUUCUUAUUUCCAUAGUGUCAUUGGUUUGUGUAUUUUAUUCACUUUAGUCACUUAAUGUCCUGUCUAAACUAGUACUAAUCACUAUACUGUCAGUUGUUAAUGCAGAAUACAAUUAUAUUUUUGUAAAUGGUUGUACAUCAGCUGUGAAGAUAAUGUGUAUCAGACCAACAGCAUCGCUCCAUACAAUAUAUAUAUUCAACAUGCCCAUAACUGUGGAAGGACAUUCAGACACACACAAAAAAAGAAAUGUUGAUCUUCACAAUUUUUAAAAAGUUAAAUGUUUUCAAACUACAAGCACCUCAUGCUUGUACCCACUCCAGAACCCAAUGAUGAUGUCAGUGUUGAUGUAUCUUAUAAUGCUAAUGGGAAUAAUGAAAAAUGUCAUUACUGUUGAUGAUGUUCUUGAAAAGGAAUAUAUUUGAAGUUAGUUGUUUUCAAAUAAUGUUUCUGUUUGGUUUUUAACUGAUGUUGGAGGUUGUAAAAGUUCCCUGUGGAGUUUUAGAGCUAGCAGUGCUGUGGAGCCGUCUUUCUUGAAGUGGGUCCCUGUUCUGUACGUCUCAUACAUGUGAACAUGUGGUAUGAAUUCCCACCGAUGGUUUUACGAAACUGAUCAACAGGUGGUGGUAAUUCACGAAGAAACACAGCAAUGCUCCAGAAAAGGCAGUGUAGAUGAAUUAUUUAAGCUAUUAAUGAUGGAUGUUAACACUACUAGAUGUAAAAUACUUAAAUCACUCUGCACAUGUUUUAUGGCACGUUUGUUCGACUUCAAGGAUACACAGUAGUUUUAGUGAGCAACACUGAAUGUAAACAUAUUUUAGUUGUUUCCAAGAAAACUCCACGGGGCCCCUUUUACUGCUCAAAAAGGGUUAUUUUAUAUUCCCGUAAAUUGUGGAACUGCAGCUAAAAUAUAUAAAUAAUUACUAAAUACCGCUGUGAGUAAAGGAUUGUUGCAUUGGAUGUACUAACAGUAUGACUUGGUCCUCUUUUAAAUGACUUACUUAACUAUUUAUUUACACUUGCUAGUGAUCAUAAGGAAGGACGUUUGUUAAGAAAUAACAACAUAAAGUCAAAAUAUGGUUUUCAUAUAGAUCAUUGUAUGUAUAUACAGUAUUGUGUUGCCUUAUUGAAGAAAAUGUAUUAUGUUUUGUGUGAAUAAAUACAGAGUCUAACUAGAUUAAA